CAAAUGCAAUAAGACCCCCACACCGCUGCCGAGCUUUCUACUUCAAGUCGGCCACUCUCCGACGUGCUGGCUACUGAGUUCUGCUUGCAUUCACCUGCCUGAGCGAAUACAAUGGCAUUAUGGUGUUCCUUCCGUUUUCCGAGAGCGAUAAACGCGGACUGGUCACUGAGGGUCCAAAGGGUAGCUUAAAGGGGUAAGAUUCCGGGCACUGAUAGGCUCACCGCCGCAUGCGAUCACAGCGCCGGUCAGUGUGUGUACGCAAGAUUGUCCGUUGAUGUUCACGGCACGCGGCGUCUCUUCAAAAAUACGCUGCCUUGCUUCGCUGGCCUUUUGCAACGUCCCCCGUUCCCCCGUCUUCAUGCUUUUCCUCUUCGACCCCAUCCGCUGCCCGUCCGCCAUUGCCUCAAUCAUGCUCUGUUGGUGGAUUCGUCUGGCGCCCCCAGCUCAGCGCGAGCGCCUGCGGCUUUUGCAACUUUCUCCUUCUGGUCCCGCUCCUGGCUUCGCUCUUGCCUGUCGGGCGACCCAUUCUCCCUUCACAUUCACGACCUUUGAUCUUCCUCUCUGCCUUCCACUUCCCCUCCAUGUACGACUUUCUGUCGUUCCCGUUCCUGUUAUCAAUCUCGUCCCUGCCUUCCACUUCCCCUCCAUGUUCUCAAACCUCGCUCGCAAUCCCUUCCAUCGUCGAGCGAUCUGGCUCUCCCGCUUGACUGCCGCGUCUCUUGCGCUUCGCGCUAGGACUACGCAGGGAGACGCUCGGGUUGAUUGUAGGGCGGCGCUCGCACUAAUGUGCCGAGUGUUGCGAGUAUGCGGAACUCUCUACGCCGACGCGUCAACAUCCCGCAAGGAUCCAAUGUCGCCGGAAUCCCUCACGCUUGAACGGACGCGCUUCAUCUCACGCAAGCCGCCGCGAGCCUCGACGAUGAUCUCUCAGCAACCUCGAAGACAGUCACCCGCGACAUCAACGACGGCUUCUCGUGGCCUGCCUCGAACUCGGCGAGGUAGCGGUGGUAGUCAUUCGGAAGAAGAGGGCCUCCGUCGAGCAAGGGACAGUGCUCGACAGGCUUGCACGAAGACUCUCAUCCAUGCUCGGUGCGUACCAUUGACUCUGCGGUUGUGCAUUUCGCUGAUUCUUCACUCGCAGCCUUACCCUCGCAACGACGCGCAACCUCCUGUUCAACGCGCGGCUUUCUCUUCGACGCCCGAGCCUUCGUCCCGCGCCCAGCUCCAUGUUCCGCACGCGACUCCCUUGUCGAUGUCCCGAAUCCUCGUUGAUGCCGCGUCCCCUCAAGCACGCGCGUCCCUGCGCAAGUCGUGGAGGGAUGCAUUGUCGUUCGAUGAGGUCUCGAGUUCAUCCCGAAAGUGGUCUCGAGUUCAUCCCGAAAGUGAACUCGAGCUCAUCCCGAGAGUAGUCUCAGGUUCAUCCCGAAGUGGUCUUCGGGCUACGUCCGCAUGGUUUGGGAUCGUACUUCGCAUCGUCAGGAUUGUACUUCGCAUCGCCAGUGUUAUACUUUGCGAUGCCAACGUCGUACUUCGCCCACCGCGUUCCCCAAGCGAUUCGCGAAGCAAUGCAUCGCCGUCCGACGAGCGGCGAUCUCGCAACCUGAACCUUCUGCAUACGCGCUGCCGAGCCAGCCAACUCGCGAACUCACUACGAUUCACCCUCCCGCCGUCACGAAGAGGCCAACUCGCCAGCACGGUCAACUCAAGAGUCAUUUUCGUCCGGCGAGAUGCCUUUGAAUCGAGCUACACUAUGCCUUUCCGUCCAGUCCGCUCGCACGCCGUCGCUCCAAGUUUCGCUCCCGCUGCCCGUUCGAGUCGCUCGGCCGCCGCCUAGUCAAGUCGCUCACCCGCCGAUGCAUCUGAUCACCCAUGCGCCACCCGCCCAAGUCGUGAAGCAACGUAUCGCCGUCCGGCGAGCAAGGUAUUGGGGUUCUCGUUGGGGUAGUACUUCGACUUCUAGCUCGGGUAGUACCUCGACUGCUGUGGUCUCACAGCACUUUGUAGAUCUCCUAUAUCUUGUAGUCCCUCAGAAAUUCACGGAUGGCUCGAUUUCGAAGCUUGUAUCCUACCUGGCU